AUUAGUAAUGAUUUUUUAGAGCAUGACAUCGGUAGAGAGCGGUGAAAUUGAUAAUCGUCCUCCUACUCCAGUAGAAGAAGAUUGCUGUGGAAAUGGUUGUAAUCCGUGUAUAUUUGAUAUUCAUAAAAAAUUACUGGAAAAAUGGAACAAGGAAAAAUUCGACAAAUUGAAUGAUACUUUACUGGAUAAAAAUUACUUGUCACCUGUCAAAUAUAGCGCAUUUAUUAUCGACAAAAUAACAAAAGCAUGUGAAGACUGCAUUUUUGUAUGCUUGAAUUGCAAAUCAAAAAAAGAAGACGACAUUAUUUUUUUAUCUCCUAGUCAGCACGUGAUGAUUAAACUUGAUACAGUAACAAAGCCAUACACUCCUAUAUCUUGGAGUCGGAAGAGUAUAAAACUGCUGAUCAAAUUAUAUUCCAACGGGAAAGCAAGUAAUUAUGUAAAAAAAUUAAAAGUCCACGAUGAAUUAAGCAUUAGAGGCCCAUACGGAGAGUUCAAGUACCAGAGAAACAGUUACAAGCACAUUCUCAUGUUGAGCAUUGGAUCUGGAAUUGCAGCUAUGUACCCACUGGCAAGUUCGAUUGUUCAAGACGAUUUGGAAGACACAAAAAUUAAUAUGACUGUAGGCUUCAGAUCUUUCUCACAUGUACCAUUGAAUGAUGAGUUAAGGCUUUUGAGUGAUUAUUGGAACUUUGAGUGCACCUUAUAUUUAUCUCAAGAAAGCACAGCAAAUAUGACAGGCAUAAAUAUUGUGAGUAAUCGUUUGAACGGUGAUAUAAUCAGGGGAAUACUCAAUUCUUAUUCAUCAGAAUCGUGUUUAAUUUUAAUAUGCGGGACAACGGAAUUCAAUGAAACUGUUGAAAAAAUUGUUGUUGAAAAAGAAUUUUCUCAUUACCAUGUUUUUAGGUGACCAUUGAAUAAAGAUUUUUAU